UCAGGCGCUUGCCCGGAGACGAGCUAUAUCUUCAUGGGCGACUUCGUCGACCGCGGCUACAACUCGGCUCGCUGGCCGCACCGGAUCACGCUGCUGCGGGGCAACCACGAGUCGAGGCAGAUCACGCAGGUGUACGGCUUCUACGACGAGUGCCAGCGCAAGUACGGAAACACGAACCCUUGGAGGUACUGCACGGAGCUCUUUGACUGGUGCCCGCUCGCCGCGAUCGUCGACGGGCGAGUG